GCCGCAUUGGCCCGGGCCGGCGGGAGGCGGCGAAGGCACCGGCGGGAUCGCGCCGGGAAUCGGGGACCGUGCCGGGAUCGGGGUCGCCGCCGCAACCAUGGGCACGGUGCAGCAACGCCUGCAGCGCUUCCUCGAUCGCCCCGGGCCGCUCGGCGACCUGCUGGGACGGCUGGAGGCCCGCACCGGCGUCCGGCGGCUCUACCUGGCCACAGGUUCUGUGGCCUUCCUGGGGCUGUACCUCAUGUUUGGCUAUGGCGCCUCGCUGAUCUGCAACCUCAUCGGCUUCACCUACCCCGCAUAUGUCUCCAUCAAAGCCAUCGAGAGCUCCAACAAGGAGGAUGACACCACGUGGCUGACGUACUGGGUGGUGUACGGCGUCUUCAGCAUAGCCGAGUUCUUCUCUGACAUCUUCCUCUACUGGUUCCCCUUCUACUAUGCUGGGAAGUGCCUGUUCCUGGUGUGGUGCAUGGCCCCCGUGUCCUGGAACGGGUCGCAGGUGCUCUACCAGAACAUCAUCCGGCCCUGCUUCCUCAGGCACCACCAGACUGUGGACAACGUGCUGGGCAACCUCAGCACCAAAGCCCUGGACGCGGCUUCCAGCGUCACCCGAGAAGUCCUGCACACUCUGGUCAGCAGCAGAGCCCGGCUGGCGGCCGAGGUGGCACCGCAGCUCAGCCUGUCUCCUCCAGAACAGCCAUGAAACUGGAAGAAGAAACAGAGAAGAGCAAGUGAGAGGGGUCUCCG